UAAAGCUCCCAGACUCUGACCUUGCCCCUCGUGCUUUCUCAUCCUCUUCACCACCAGCACCCACCAGCUCAUCAAGCAAAGGUAUUAUUAGCCUUCUACCCACACACACCUCUCCAACCAAAAUGCAACUCCCAACCCUCCUCCUCCUCCUCGCCGGAGCAGUCUCCGCCAUCCCAGCCGGUACCUCCCUCCCAGUCCUCACCGCCCCCGGCGGCGGCCCAGCCAUCACCGCCUCCCUCCCCGUAAUCACCCCCCCCAGCAAACCAACCGCCUGCUCCGCAAAGCCCUCCUGCUACACCCACACAACCACCACCACCCCAAAGGCCUGCGCCACCGCCUGCCCCGAGCCCAAAGACCCCAUCAUGUGCCCGGCCUACAUCAAGAUCGAGCAAAAGGAGGUCCCCUGCCACGACGACUGCUGCCCCAAGACGUCCACCCAAACCGUCACCGCCCGCUGCCCCAAGUGCGUUACCGGAUGCGUGAUCCCCACCAUCACCGAGUACGUCACUACCGGCUGCGCGCCGACUCACACCGGAGCGUUCCCCACGGCGAUUUUGACCAAGCCAAACUAAGUUGAUCAUUUUUUUAUUAAAAAAAAGGGGGAGGGGGGAGGAGGGGAGGAGACGGAGAGACGGGGGAAAAGAAGAAGGGGAGGUUUCAUGACAUUUUUAGUUGCUUUUAUUUUCUCUCUUUCUUUCUUUCUUUCUUUCCUUCUUCCAUAGGCAAAUUACAGGGAAACAGCCUUUUUAUUCUAUUUUCCUCCAUCGUUCCUGCACACAGUGAAA